GCCUAAACCCGGCCUGGAGCCGAUCCGGCAGCGGGACAAAGGAGUACAGACACAGAGCACACGGGCUAAAGCGGGAGGAGUCCUGUAAAACACAGCAUGCCGAGCAAAAAGAAGAAAUAUAACGCCAGAUUCCCCCCGGCAAGAAUUAAGAAGAUUAUGCAGACAGAUGAAGAAAUAGGAAAAGUCGCUGCUGCCGUUCCCGUUAUUAUCUCGCGGGCACUUGAGCUGUUUCUGGAGUCUCUUCUGACGAAAGCCUGUCAUGUUACCCAGUCACGGAACGCCAAAACUAUGACAACAUCGCAUUUAAAACAGUGCAUCGAACUGGAGCAGCAGUUUGACUUCCUGAAGGAUCUGGUGGCUGCAGUGCCGGACAUGCAAGGAGAGGGGGAUGAGAAUCAUGCUGAGGGAGCAGAGAAGAUCCCACGCAGAGGUCGCAAGCCUGGCUCAGGGCGCAAGAACGGAGGAGCAGGAGCCAAGGGUAAAGACAAGAAGCUGUCAGGCACAGAGUCUGAACAAGAGGAUGACACUGAGGACAGUGAGACUGAUGGAGAGGAGGAGGACAUUUCUCAGCCCAACACAAAUAUCCAGCCACCACCUCACUUCCCCAGCCAAGACAUGCCUCCUCAGUACAUGCCCAUGCCCGUGGGUGCCCCUCAGGGUACACUCUCCAUGCCCAUCAGCUCUUUCGCCCCCCACCCUUCAGUCAUGGGGGUCAUGCCACCCCCUCCAGCCCUGGUGCCGCACAAGGACGAAAACGACGACGACGAAGACUACGACUCUUAGCUUCUUCUCACCACCCUCGCCCCCUGUUUUACAUUACUUUUCUUAAGUUGUUCUUAUUUGGCUGCAAAAAAUGCAAAACUGAUGGAAACAGAAGAGACAAGUUAUACAAAGACAAACAUGGAGUUAACGUCAGGUUACCAGCGAGUACAAAAAUGGCAUUGGCAAGAUUGCAGCCACAAUGUAAGAAGAAGAAUAGGUUGUAUAUUAGCUGUGUUUUAAUUUUUAAGUAUAUCUUAUUUUAUUGUCGAGGAAAGCUUAAAACAGGAGCAUUGUUUUUUAAAGCAAGUUCAUAAGUUAAUUGUUGCAUUUUUGGCUCACCUGAGUCAGGUUUCGUUUUUUUGGAAAUAGCCCACAAACAAGGAUGUUUCGUUAUUUUCUUUUCUAUCUUUUUUUGCAUAGAGAUCCCCUUGUAUAUAUUUUUUUAUUUUUUAUUUUGCUUCUGUCCUCUUAGGUUGCCAUUCUUCUUUGCUGUUCUGUUCUGCUGUUUGUGAUCUUCAGGACAUAUCACUCAGUUUUCAGUGUGCAUUGAUUCAUCUCGGCUCAGGGUGUUCUUCUAAACUUUCAUACUCAAUUUUUUCUGCGUGUUUAAAGAAAAGAAAGCGAGGAAAACCUGAACAGUAGCCCAGAACGUGUUGAUUUGGACCCACAGACGUUCGCAGGAGUUUUUCGCUUGCUGUGAAAUUUGGAAGCUAUCAGUCAGAUGAAGCUGAUUGGGUCAGAACAUUGCUUGCGUGUAGACUGAAAUUCAAAUCCAUGCAUUAAUGGGUGAUUUAAUGAGUGAAUACCUUUUUGUUUUUGUUUGUUUUUGUUUUCACCUGAAGUUUUAAAAUUAAGUUUUAUUAAAAAAAUAAGCUUUGCUAUAAAUGCAGCUUACCGGUCCAAACCGAGCUAUGAUCUGUCAAUGGAUCGCGAUUGGGAUGAUCGAGCUUCACUCUCAGAUUGAGAAAUGGAUUUUAGUUAACUUUCUCCCCAGGUUUUGAUGUGUGCGAUAUGUAAAAAAAAAGUUUUCCGGUUUCUCUAUAUUUAUAAGCUAAAACCAGACCAGGAUUGAGAUACUUGCUUUUUUCUGAAAGAGGACUUUUUUGUUUUUGUGGUAAUGCACUCACUCUAAGGUUUAUUUAGCCCCACACCCCUCCUAUCAACAAACUGUGGAAGUUAAAAGUACAGUAAAUGCACAUUUAUAUCAACAUUAUUCUUGGUCUUGUAUCUUUUAAAUGGUUUUAAUGGUCUUUGUGAGGGCUGAGAGGAGCCGAAAACCCCUCCCCCCACCACCACCUGUUCCCCACCCACCCCCUUGUUUCUGUGGCCGUCUCUCGCUCCUCCAGGUGUGUAAAGUUUGGCUGCUCAGAGGCUGUAUGUAAAACUUUUAACAUUCUUAUUUUGUAUGAGUGAAAUAAAGUGCAGAUUUCAGUA